AUGGUGGCUACCAAAUCUGCUGUUAGUACAGUUGGUGUAAUUGGCGAUCAGAGUGCAAAACGAACACGGAAAAAUGAAUCAUCAAUAACAACAAACAAAGAUUAUUUGGUUGUAUCUUGGAUUGAUUCUCAGGAAAUUGAGGCAGUACCAACAGUAAACCUUCGAAAUUUUAGAGGAAAAAUUAAUAUGUUUCAAGAAUAUGUGUUUGAUAUGAAUAGAACACGUCGUAAAGGAAAAAUCGUUCUAGAAAGUCAAUCAAGCGAUAAUGGAAGUUCUCAUGUAGAAGAAGCAGCUUUAACAAAACCACAUUCUCAACAACCACCAGAAUUAGUUGUACCACCUGAAUCAAUAGAUCAUGAAGUUUCUACUCGAGAAUUGUCAUUCAAGACACAUUGCCAACAAAGUUUAUCACCACGUAUAACAAAUCAAAUGUGUUCUCCCUCUGCUUCUGCAUUAUCAAAGCCAAUAGUCACUGCAGCUACACAAGAUACUGCUCAUCGAGGUACUGUGAUAUGUGAUUAUAAAACAAGUUCAGUUAUUAUUGAAGAUGUUCCUAGUCAUGUCAAUUCAAACAAUUUGUAUGAUUUGUUCGUUGAAAUGGGUGGUAUUCAGACUAGCUUCUACGCUCAGGCUAGCAGCACGGAUGAUUUUAUGUGA